AUGGGUUCAUGUGGGCAGAUACCAUCAGAGCAGCAGCCGAACGAGAAGUCGGUGAGCACAGGGCCGGUGUUGACGCUCAGCCCCCCCUCCGAAAGCGAAGAGCCACAAGUUGGCGAUGAGCAUCUCCCCCCUCAAGAUAGUGGGAGAGCAGCUUGGACUAGUCUCAUUGCUGUUUCGGUCAUUGCAAUGGCAACUUGGGGCUUCGGAGCCACUCAGGGCGUAUUUCGAGAGUACUACUUCAAGACGCCGCCUCUGCAAGGGAAUCAAUUGGUCGCUUCCACCGGCCUGUUAGUGGUGGGUCUCUUGCAAACCCUGCCGCCCUUUCUGCUUAAGAUCAUUAGCGCAUACCCCCACUACAGACUCUAUAUGAUGUGGAGUGGUAUGUUGCUUGUGGUGUCGUCCUCAAUCGGCGCUGCCUUCUCGACUUCGGCAGUACAGGUUAUUAUGACCCAAGGGCUCAUGUAUGGGUUCUCGAGUGGCCUGCUCUUCGCCCCUUGCCUAAGCUUUGUAGACGAGUGGUUCCUCAGGCGACGCGGUCUCGCCAACGGUAUAUUUUUCGGGGCUCCCAACAUCGCUGCUGCUGGCCUUUCUCCGGUCUUCUCCGUUCUGCUGAAACGAUUCGGACCUCGCACCACCCUCAUCGGAUGGGCCGUGUUUACGGCAAUCAUAAUCUCUCUCGGCAUUCUAUGCGUCAGCCCUCGACGCACAGGUAAGGCGGAAAUGGAGGCAGCCGCUAGGCAGCCAUCAUCCACCACCAGAGUUUUCACAAAGCCCGUAUUCUGGCUCUUCGUCUUUUCGAUGACGCUUCAGAGCCUAGCAAACAAUCUGCCAGCGAACUAUCUGCCCAGCUACGCUACAGAUUUGGGUGUGUCGCCGGAGCAAGGGGCCCUGUUGGUCACAUUCCUGUCACUGUUCGGAAUCAUUGGCCAAAUCUCUCUUGGCGCUUUGACAGAUGCGAUUGGACCACUCAUACCCAUGCUGCUGAGUACCCUGGUCAGCAGCUUUGCUGUCUUCGUCGUGUGGGGUUUGGGCAGGUACUACUGGAACAUGGUGAUCACUUCGAUUCUAUUUGGUGCAUUCGCCUUCAGCUUUAUGGUUCUACGAAGCCACAUGGCGGCCAUUGUGGUCGAUGAUCCCGAGCGGCCGGCCGAGGAGCUUUUCGUUUCUGGCAUCCUUCUGUUCACUAGAGGCGUCAUAGGUGUUGCGUCAGGUUACAUAGCUGCGGCUGUCUUGCAAAACAGCGAGUAUAUCGGAGUGCAACCGGGAUACGGUGCUGGAAAGUGGCGCUCAUUCAUCAUACUCUUGGGCACUACAAUGACAGCAGCUACCCUCGGAGCUUUUGGCCUGCUAAAGAAACGAAAGACCGCUUGA